CGGGUGCGCCUCUGACACACUCUGGUCGUCCCGUGGACAGGGAACAACUAGCAGCGAGUGGUCGCCAGUACCGCGAUGGUACCACACGUGGUACUCAUCUGCACCAGCAGCUUCGAACAUUUCUAACUCAACAACACCGAUCGAACAAUCCAAUCGCGCGUUCGCGUUUUUUCCGCAAACAAAUCUAAUCAUCAGCAACAAACAACAAAACGAAAUUACAUUUUGGAUAACACGAAUUCGCAAGGCUCACACUCCUAAGGAUGGGACCGGAUGUCGAGGUGCAGGGCCGUUGGGUCAAUUUGCCCGGUGGAAGGGACAGGGAUGGAAGACCCAUCAUAACAGUGCACAUUCCUCUGGAUUCGAGCUGCUCCGACCUUUCGGAUCCGCUCAAGUACAUCCUCGGCGUCUUCAGCGAUGUGACCCGGAAACGUGGCUUCACGAUCAUCGUGGACGCGAGGAAGGGCGCCUGGAGGGUAGCACGCGCCUGCAUCCGACAGGUAAACUCGACCCUCUGCAAAGAGGAGUUGGCGCAGUUUUUGGUCCUUAGACCGGACGCGUUUUGGGAUAAGCAAAGAGUGGAGAAUUGCACGAGCACCCAGAAGGAUGGACAGGUGAUCUUCGUGCCGAGAAAUAGGCUGCACAAAUACGUCGACCUGUCGCAGCUUCCGAUCGAGCUGGGCGGUAAUUUCAUAUUCAACUCGGAUCAAUGGUUCGACACGAGAACGAAAGCCGACGAAUUUCUGCACGAAUCGGUGUCCUGCUCCAGAAACCUGGAUGAGGUUCAGCAACGCAUCUCGAAUCUGUACAAACUGAGCGCUAGUCAAAUCCAAACCAAUCACGCAUCCGAAAUCGAGAAGCUGAACAUCCUCAUCAUAACCACCAACAAUUGCAUAGAUAAAGGUAAAGAUAUAAUCAAGAGAAUCGAAUACAACGACAGGAAUAGGAAACUGGCGUCCGAAACCGAUUCUAUGCCAACUCCACAAGACGCUUUGGAUACUAUAGAGAGACUGGACAUACGAUUGGAAGCGUUGAAGACCGGUCUAAUAUCAAUUGAACAAACCAAAAGAUCGCUGACGAAGACAUACUUCGAUACCAAAGACUUACAUCAUCUCGAGGAAGGUAUAGUCAGAGUUACGAAUUGGAUCUUGGGACCUGCGGAAAGUCUCCUGAAAUCUCGCCAUAAAGUGGGGUACGAUGUUUCCUCUGCAGAAGAAUUGAGGAGAGAGCACGAAGGAAUCGAACUGCAAUGCUGGAAUGCGUAUGGAGCGUACGCGGAGCUUGUACAUAAAAUCGAUAAUUUCUCUGGAAGCGAUUUCUUGACUGUUCAGCAGAAGGAUCUGAUAAGCCAAAAGGAUUUCAUGGAUUUCGUAUGCCGAAGUUUCGCUACACGCUUGGAAAGGAGAAGGAAUAUUUUGAUUACUUCUUUGAGGUUCUUCAGAUUAGUUUCUGAAUAUUUCGAUAGGACUGGAGAGGUUUUCGAUUCUUUGGUCAUGGGAAAUAAGAUUGGUGAUUUCGCAACGGCAGGGCAGAAGCUUAAGGAGUUGCAGGAGAAUCAAUCGACGCUAGAUUGCGUUGAGCGUGAGCUGGUUAAAGAAGGAGAGAAGUUGUCGGAUAUGUUGUCAAUGCCUAUUAAAGACGCUUUGGGGAGGGAAGUUUUGGCCGAUUACUCUGAAGAUAUUAUCAAUAUCAGGGAUAUUUUGAAUGCGACUACUGCGAGGAAGAAUAUUUUUGGUGAUAGCGUCGAACUGCAGAAAUUGACUUUGGAGCAGGUCACGCAUAUCUAUCAGUACGAGAAGGAUGCUGCACAAGCUUUGGAGUGGUUGGAUGAGCUGUUUCAAGUGUUGUUAAAGCACCACGGGCACGUAGGGUGCACGGUUUACGAGAUUCAAGCGCAGAAGGAUGAACACCAGAUGUUCCAAGAGACCGCCAAGUGCACUUUCAAUUACGGUUACCAAUUGCUUGGAGCUGCUGCGGCUUUGAGAUGUUCCUGCAAAAUUCAGAUGGAGGAAAACGAGCAACUGGGGAUGGGUCUUCGGAACUCUUGGGAACGACUGCUGAAUGUCAGUCAGGAGCAGAUGACGCGUUUGAGGGUGUCCGCGGUCUUCCACAGAUCCGUCGAGGAGCAGUGCAAUCAGCUGCGGGAUCUUAGGGAAGCCGUCGCGACCAUCCCUCUGAUGGACAUCAACAGGAAGAGGGCUCGUGUCAAGCAUUAUUUGGGGGUGCGCGAGCGGCUGAUGGUAGAGGUGGGAAGGAUGGUCAGAUUGGGCAGAUUGCUGAGAAGCAGACUUCGGGAUGCGCUACAUUUGGAUGAGACAAUGUCAGAGGCGACGGCGAGGAGCGAUUCAGAUCACGCCGAAUGCGAGAAUGCUACAGCCGUUGAAGCGGUUUCAGAGCGACUCACGGAGGUCACCAAUUUAGCCGAAGAACUGGACCAGACGCUGAAGAGCGCGCAGCAGGAUUGUGCAAUUUCACCUGCAGCCACGACACUUCCCAUACCGAUAGCAGGGGCGCACAGGAAGGACCAUCAAGAUGAGGAAACGUGUCACUCAGUUCGCUAUAUGCGCGCUGAAGAUGGAAAAUCCGACGACGAAUUCUUGACUGCCUCGGACUGCACGCUGCAGCACUCCAGAUCCUCUUCGUACAACACCGCCUCCGACUGCGAGCAUCUGUACGCGCCGUGGUGGGAUUACGGAAAGGACGAUUGCAGGGAUGAUCUUGCCAAGGAGAAGAUGGUUCUGGCCGUCGGUUUACCCGAAUUACCGAUAGCCUCUUCGGUGCUUCGACCAUCCCCCGAAGUGCCGCCAGGUAAAAUCGCCAGAGAGGUGACGGAAACGACGCACAUCAAGGUCCAGCAGUGCCAUACGUUCGGGGUGAAAUCUUUCGUUCUGACCUCCGAAACCGUGCGAGAAAAAGGCGAGCUGAAAGAAACCGCUCCAUUGGAACAGACCCCCGUCUACGAGGAAGACGAUUUCGCUUCCAAGCUGAAGGAGGUAGGUUGGAAGGGCUGCAAAUACAAGCAGGCUCUUCGCAGCUGCAUCUAAUCUCUGUGUGUGUGUUUUAUUUUUGAGCCCAACUAACCAUGUAGAAAGCAUGUCACG